CAGCAUCGUCAUUGGUUAUGUGGGUAGUUCUUGGCGGUGAUGCACCCCUCCAAAGUGUAAACACGAGCUCUUGCGCUUUCGCAGCGUACAGAUUCCACAUAUCCUGCCCCAAUUGGCACUCGUCGAACUGCGCAUUGGUCCCGCGCAUACCUAGUUGUCAAUCACCGCCUCGACCUCGAGCCAAAACCCACGCUCCCGACAGCGCGUUCCCAAAUCCACGGCUUCACUCCACCACAACAAACACCACACCUCCCAUCUACAUCCGCAACAAUGGCCUCCACAACACCCCUCGCCGAGCCCCGCUCUACCUCGCGCACCCCACGCCCGCGCUCGAAAUCACCUGGGUCACGUCUCUCCCGCCCAACGACCCCUCUCCGACCCUCUUCCCGCUCCUCAUUCCGCUCCUCCGUCUCCCGCGGCCGCGCCCCCUACACCUCCUCCACCAAUCCGCUUGAGGACCUACAAGACGGCUUUGCGGAGCUGUCCGACGCGAUGGCCGAUCUAGAGCAGAACUUCGUGCACCUGCAGCUGAUGCACGAGAGUCUGGCGCGGUUUAGCGAAAGCUUCGCGAGCUUUUUGUACGGGCUGAACAUGAAUGCUUUUUGUGUGGAUUUUCCCGAGGCACCAAUCCCCGACUCCUUCAAGCGCCCGCUCCACGAUCCCCAGACAAACUUCCGCACUUCGCAAAACCAGGAAGUACCCGACGUCGAAGCCACGUUCCUGACCACAGACACCUCCUUCGUCGAGAACCCGCCAAGCUCAAAGGUCGCCAAUAAGUUCCAGAACCCCAUUACGCCGGCGCCCGCGGAGAAGAAAGCUGCUACGCGUGGGAGAGGCGGAAUUCCGCGUGCGGGUGCGAGAGGUGGGGGCAUUCCGGUGAGGGGAGGAGCGGGCAGGGGGACGAGGGGGAGUGGGAUUGCGAGGGGGAGAGGGGCUGGCAGGGGUACCAGAGGUGCGUAGCAUUCAUGGUGUGCUAGAGUUCACCUUCUUGCACAUAGGUUUUGGGGCAUAAUUAUGAUAUCCAGAGAUGCACAUGAGCACAAAACAUCACAUUCCACAUUGUGCAAUCAAGUCCCCUGGAUCAAUGACUGAGUGAUUCCGUUCGCUUCCAACCAUUACAUCUACUCCCCACCAACCCUGCUUCCCGUAUCGCAAACUAUCCCAUCAUUAACCGCAUACCUCAUUAACAUUACCAUCCACUCCCAAAAUACAACUGCUGCAGCAGCAUUCCAGGCCGAUCGCCUCCAAAAAGGAGGGGGGUAUCACAGGAAAGUCGUAAAGCCGUGGAUCUGUACACAAAAAAAGAG